UAAUAAACAAUGGGGGUGAGAGAUUCAGAGAGCAUGCCCUUGAUCUGAUAUCAUCAUCCAUGAGCAACAAAUCAGAUCCAAAUUAGGUCAAAUAAUUUCCCAUUCAUCUUGUUUUUCCUCGUAGCUUCAAUCACAGUUUACAGGUUUGCAUACUUGACAUGUCAAUAAAAGAAUGUUGCUGUUUCUUGAAGAAAGUUCGUAACCCUCGUAAAUUUAUCCACCAUGCUCGUCUUGCUAACGAGACAUCAUUUUCCGUGAACGAAAUAGAGGCGUUGUACGAUCUUUUCGAGGGAUUAAGCCAUGCCAUCGUUGAAGAUGGUCUUAUUCACAAGGAAGAGUUUCGGCUUGCACUUUUCAGCAACAGCAGUAUGCAGAACUUGUUUGCAGAUAGACUCUUUGACUUAUUUGACAUCAAGAAAAAUGGGGUAAUUGAAUUUGAAGAAUUUGUUCGUUCGCUAAGUGUCUUUCAUCCUGAUGCUCCCGAAUCGGACAAAAUUGAAUUCAUGUUCAGAUUAUAUGAUUUGAGGUGCACCGGCUACAUAGAACGAGAAGAGUUGAAGGAUAUGGUUUUGGCUGUAUUGAGUGAAAUGACUGUGAGUUUAUCAGAUGAUGCAGUGGAAACUAUCUUGGAUAAGACCAUUUUGGAUGCAGAUCUGAAAGGGGAUGGGAGGAUUGAUUUAGAAGAGUGGAAGGCAUUCAUCUCAAAGAAUCCAUCCAUUCUCAAGAACAUGACUCUUCCCCUUCUUAGGGAGAUCACUCAAGCGUUUCCGAACUUUGUGUUGGAUACUCAAGUCCGAGAUCUAGAAGUAGUUUCGUAAGAAGGAAGGAAGUCGACCUUCUACGUUCCGUUUUUCGUUUUAACAUGCUUUAAAGACUUCAUUUUUGCGUUUUAUGGAGUAUAACAUACGGCCAAUAGUUCAAGAUCUGGAAACUGUUCGUUACUGUUUAUUUUCUAAAAUGUGUUUCUAGUGUAUUAUUUCAUGAAUCUUUUUUGGCUGAAAACAUAAAAUAACCUCAUAAAGGUUACUUGA